GUUUGUGGGGACACCAUUUUUUCAUUGUAUGGUAGCAAGAUCCCAAAAUUCUUCUUCUUCCAUUUCUGUUAUUAUUGAUCCUGAAACAAUUCUUCUGCCGUACUUCCUCACUGCUCUACAUUGUGCUUACGAGCUUGAUCGUGACUGGUUUCUAGUUUCCAUGAUACCAAACGUCUCAAAGUUUCCUUUUAGAAUGGACGACACUGGUAAACACUGGCUAAAGGAAGAUGGUGCAAUUAUAGGAGUUGGGAAGAUUCAGGAAUAUACCCUUAAGGAAGUACAAUGGAGCAACUGUGGUGAGACGCUUCUAAUGGCUUGGAACAUGGGAGAGGUACCACUUUAUGCUGGGAUUCUUCCUCCUUUCUUACACGGGAAAGGAUUCCACAAUUGCUGGCUUUUAAAUGAAGUGCUGUCAUCAGAAUUCAGAUUAGUCAUUGAUGCCAGUUACAUAGCAGCUGCAUUCUAUCCAGAAAAUCGAACCCCCCGUUGUAAGAGGAAUAUCUCAUUUGAUGCUGGGAAUGAUGGUUGGGAAGUGAAAGGGAAUCAUCAUCUUGCUACAUCAUAUGGAUCAUAUUAUUCUGGAGCACAAAACAAGCUGAUCACAGAUCUUAGUUUUAUAAAAUGUUCUGGAAAAAAUAUUCUUUUUGAUUCAGUGAAAAAGGUUGUUUUCUAUCAUGAAGUAUCUUGCAGGCAUCCUUUUGGUUUCAAGCAUGGGAUGACAUUCUCACUUGAAAGGUUCCUUCACUUCGGGAUUCAGCAGAAAUUAGGACGUUGCAUUAAGGAUUUAAGUUUCUUUGGAAGUCCAUGUUUUCUCAAGAAAAAAUAUGAGAUUGCUUUUACAAAACUACUGACAUUAUCCAAUCCAUUCGAUUUGGGAUCACUCCUUCAGAUCAAUGCAGACAAGGAUAAAACAAUUGUUCUUGCAGUUGCUGGAGACAACUACAGGGACAUGCUUAUGAGUUGGGUUUGCCGAUUACGUUACUUAGCUGUAUCAAAUUAUAUCGUUUGUGCUCUUGAUGCUGAAACUUAUCAGUUUGCACUCUUGCUGGGCUUGCCUGUUUUCAGGGAUCCACAUGCACCAAGCAAUAUUAGCUUCAACAACUGCCACUUUGGCACUGAUUGUUUCCAGAGAGUGACGAAAGUCAAAUCCCGGAUAGUUUUGCAGAUACUGAAAAUGGGAUACAAUGUUCUCCUAAGUGAUGUUGACGUGUAUUGGUUCAGCAAUCCCUUGACAUAUCUCCUAUCAUUUGGUCCUGCUGUUUUGGCGGCACAAUCAGAUGAAUAUAAUGAGAUUGGACCCAUAAACUUACCUCGGAGAUUGAACUCUGGUUUUUAUUUUACUCGCUCUGAUCCACCAACCAUUGCUGCAAUGGAAAAGGUUGUCAAGCAUGCACUAAGUUCAACCCUGUCAGAGCAGCCUAGUUUCUAUGAUGUCUUGUGCGGGCAAGGUGGCAUCAAUCGUGUGGAUGACAACCAUUGUCUUGAACCUGGCACAAACCUGACCAUCCACUUCCUUGACAGGAAUCUAUUUCCCAAUGGGGCUUACAAGGGGCUGUGGGAGAAAAUAAAUGUGAGAUCUUCCUGCCAGAAGCAGGGAUGCAUAAUUCUUCAUAACAAUUGGAUAAGUGGUAGAAUGAGAAAACUAGAACGUCAAUUGCACUCUGGCCUGUGGGAAUAUGAUCCUGCUCAGAGAAUGUGCUUGCAAACUUGGCAUCAUACCAAUUUAACCAGUCAUUUUUUUUAAAUUGCACUUCUGUCUGUACAAUUUCUAACUGAAUCCAUCCCUUAGAUAAAAAGUUUAAUGUGAAUGGGAUUGCUAGUUUUGGAAGAGUUUAACGAAAUCAACUUGAAAAAAAAAAAAAAAAAAAACACUGCCAGAAGUGAUGUGCUCUAUUCCUACUCAUUAAUAGUCAGCUGCGUGCAGAUUACCAUUCUGAAUUAAUUGCUGUUUAGAAGAUAGUGUUAUACAUGU